AUGCAGUACACGACGCUGACAUCGCUUGGGACAGCCGUAGAUGCGCUUCGGCGUCUCAACCCAUGUCUCGCACCGUGGGUCUUUACCGCUUACUGCUAUCUCGAUUUCGGCGGCGUCUACGAGAUGGCGGCAUCGACAGCACGUCAAGCGCGCUGCCACACGCAUUUGCGGUCCAACGCCGCCGUCUACAUGGCGUCGCUCUUGCGCAACGUUGCUUGGACGCAGUGGGACGCAUGCUGGGGCGAUGCCUUUCAUAGCGCAUUUGGUGCCUUUCUGCAGCAGUCGUCGGCGGGCCAUUCGCUGCUAGCUUCGUUUCGCGCGCCGCGAGGUUCGAUCGCAGACGAAGUCGACCUCUGGCGCCGUCAUGGGCUGGACAUAUAUGCAUUGCAGUGGCAAAAUUUCAAGAGCAUUGGCCUUACCAACACAUAUAGUGUUGAGAACGCACUUGGGGUCGCGUACCCGUUCACGCUUCAGCACUCGAACGGACAGUUCCGUCUCGAGUCGCAAACCACGUUCAAGUUUUACUGGUCGCUGGCCAACGAUUUCUACUCGGCUAUGGCAACCAACACCUCCCAGAGCUUGUUGCGGGCAUCGCCCACCUUUCGUUAUGCCAAUCAGUCUCUCGAAGACGUCUACUUGAAGAAUGGCACGUUCUUGCAGUCGCCACUCGAUGCUGGUUUCACCGCGGUUCGCGCUUUUCUUGGGCCAUUUGGAACGAUCGACACAAAGUACGUGCCGGUGCCCCGUACCGUGCGACUCGCAGCACGGGACGUAUGGACCGCGGUCGCCGCGCAUCGAGCCUCGUCCCGAUCGAAUCAAGAAGCGUAUGCUGCGAUCAAUGUGUCCUUUCUCACUUCCAUGGUACCAGUAUCCUGGCUCGACUUGGGGUUCUACUCGGGCGGGGGCUCGCUUCUUUGCCCUGCGUCGUCGUUGCAAAGUUCAAGUCCCAUUUCCGUCGGGUUGCAGCGUCUCUUUUUGUUUGAAAGAACGUGUUCGGGAGGCUCGUUGGCGGCCAUGUACGUACAAAUACCCAAGCAAGUGGUUUUUGCGUCGCUUUUUGCGGGGUUGUCGCCGACGACCAACCUCACGUCGCUCUACCGUCAAGUGCCGGGCGCCGACGUCGACUGCGAAGCCAUGCUGCGUACCACUCUUGCGGGGACGGCAACGCUGGAUCGCAAUGCGACGCAGAUGGCUACUGUGCAUGCGACGCUAUUAGGUCUCAACAUUGCGCUUAUGCAGUACGGUAUGGACUCGGCGGCGUUGGCACCCAUGACCUUGUACACAUCGCCGCUGCUCGACGAUGAAUUCCGGUUUUUUGGGUACGCGCUGAUUCACGACUGGAUCUGUGAUUGGCGUGACGUUGUCUCGUUCACUGGUGACACUGGCACCCUCACACUUCUCUCCGACUUGGUUCUUCGAACGGUAGAGCCUGUCCAAAGCGCCGAGCUUUGCAGCGCGUACGCGCUCUACGCGUUUGCUGUCGUCCAGUACGUCACGCUAGCGAUCGCGUCGCUCGCGGGACUCACUGGUAUCUACAUUCUGGCCAGUCGUGGCCACAUCGAGGGCACGCUCAAACUCAGCCGCGUCGGCGGCAUUGUCUGGGUCGGUCGUCCGCUCUUGCUCGUGCGCAGCUUCACGGCACUCUGCCUCCUCUCGACGGCCACUCUCUCGCUCGAGACCACUGGUUUUUUAACAUACUUCAAGUCCGAAGUGCCACCCACCUUGUCGACGUGCUUGGCGGCGAGCGAGGUCACAUGGCUGGCGGGCAUCGUCAACGACAUCGGACUGCCUCUCACGCAAGAGCACUCGGCCCGCUACGUGACGCUCCACAGUGUGCUUGUCUUGGCGAUCGCAGCGUCGGUUAGCUCGCUUCAACCUGUGGCCGAUACGGCCGAGAUGGAUCUGCAAUGUUCCUCGCCGGCAUUGGACUAUCAAGUGACGUGUUCGACCGCCAGAAUCGCGAUUGGGCUCUACGAUCGACUCUUGUUUAUUCUUGGGACAGUAUUUGUCUCCAACGCACUCGCCUUUGGACUUGUUCGAGUCUUUUGGCCCGUAAAAACCAACGACGCGCGGCGCAGCAAGUCGUUUAUGCUAACGGCAGGCGCCAAAUUUCUCUUCAAGCACGACGAGUGGUUCUAUCACGAUGUCUACUACAUGGACAGAGCCUCCGCGCUUCUCAAUGGGCUUGUAACGUUAACUGUGCGCAGUCAGCUCUUACUUUUUGAUGUGAAAACGUGGCGCCUCUAUGCGGUGCGCCUCGAGGCCAAUGAUGUUCCUACCCGACUGGCGUCAGGCGUGCCGCUCCACGACCCGUCGACCGCGAGCGUCCGAGCGAUUGCCGACUGCCAUGCAAAGCAUGCGCAAGGGAUUGGCCAUCUCCGACCGCUCUACCCAUGA